AUGGGUGAGUCGCUCAAAAGCGAUGAUUCGGCAAGUCGAAAGGAUGACCUUGAUUUUAGAAAAGCAAUAGUUUCUAUCGAGGAAAAUCUCAAGCAGCAAGUACGAGACAACGUGGCGGCCAACCACCAGAAGUUUGCGUUGGCGACUGGCUCGAUGACCGCUGACGCCGGCGAGUCUGGUGAAAUUACUAAUGAGACGCUAAAGGAGAAACAUGCAUCUACGGAAAUGAAGAGAGCUCUGGCUGCACAAGCACGACAGAAUAUAGACGAGGAACGAAACCGUCACACGCAGAAAAUGAUGGAACUGGAAGGCAAAGUUCACGAACGGCUGAAGGAAGUACAGAAAAGAGAGCACGAAGUGUUUGCGGCGGAGCACAUGCUUGAACGAGAACUGGAAACGGGGGAAACAACAUUGUCCAACGUGCAGUGGCACGCCGCCAAAGAAGAACAGCGCCACGGGACUUUGACGGGGAUUCUCGGUCGCACGGAAGACACCCUCAAGUCGAAGUACAAGUCAAAAAUUCCUCCUCACCCGUAUUCAUUUGUGGAGGGAGCUCAAACACAUGAAAAUGGCUCGCCACUCGUCUUUCUAAGUCGUAGACAUCAAGCACGCUAG